GAAUAAUAAUGCAGAUGAUUAAAAGUAAAGAAUAUUUUAAUGGUUUUACUAGUGAUAUUUCAAAUGAAAACCUAAAACCAUGUCCUGAUAAAAAAUUACAUCAUUUUGAUUAAGAAUGGGCUAAUUAUGCAAAUAAUGUAUCUCCUCAUUUCACACCCUCGUAAUUUUUUAAUGCUCCUAUUUCAUAAAUGCCUCCUUUAAAUUUAGAAAAAAGUUCAUAGUUCCCUUAUAUCAAAAGGUUAUGAAGAUGGCUAAGACAAAUAAGGUAAGAAAAAUCCCUUUCGAAAAUUUUCUGCUAAUGAUCCUCAACAAGAUGGUAAUGAAGAAGACCAAAAAUAGAAUUACCCAUACUAUCCACCUUUCUAUUAACCAUACCCUAUGAAAUAUCCUCCACCACAUCCAUCCCAAAUUUUUAUGCAUUAAUAUCCACAUCCUAUUCCAUUCUGGUAUAGACCACCUGUAUAUUUUCCAUAAUAUGAUGGAUAACAUUAUUAAAAUACAUUAUCUAAAGAACUCCAAUCAAAAGUUAGUCAAUUGGUAUAAUACUAAAAAGUAUCACCUUUUGCAUGCAAUUGUAAAAAAAGUAAAUGUCUUAAAUUAUAUUGUGAAUGUUUUGCCAAUAAUUGGGUAAGAAUUUCAACUAUCUAGGUAUGUUCAUAAAAUUGUAAUUGUUGUGAAUGCAAAAAUAGAAUUGAUAAUCCUAAUGAAAGAUCUAAAGCUAUUGAAGAAGCAUUACUUAGAAAUCCAGAUGCAUUUGCAGCAAUUUUAACUAAUAAUGGAUAAUAACCAUAAAUUAUUUAAGGUAAUCUUAAUACUAUUAUUUUUAGAAGAAAAAUCAUAAAAAGAAUCAUAAAAAGACAUUACUACACGAAAGGGAUGUAAUUGUAAAAAAUCUGAAUGUAAAAAGAAAUAUUGUGAAUGUUAUAGUAUUAAUUAAAAAUGUACAGAUUUAUGUAAAUGUGAAAAUUGUUUAAAUAAAGCUCAAACUUAAGAAGAUUCUAUUGAUUAGUUAUAAAAAUAGGAAAUCUAUAAAAAAGAAAGUUCUAAUCAAUUUUAAAUAGCUUAAGAUAUAAAAAAUGAUUUGAAAGAUAAAGAUUCUGUCAAUAAAAAAUCAAAGAGUAUUAAGAAAAAAAAUAACAAAGUCAAUGAUCCAAAUCAGGAACAAUUUUCAGAAUCAGAAAAACCUAUAGUCAAAGUUAAAUUAACUAUUACUGAUAAAUAAAAAAGAAGAAAAUAAUGA